CUAAUGCUGGGAGCUCAUAUGCUCGAGGAUCUGGCAGAUUGUGUUCAGUGUGAAUCUGAUUCUCUUAUACAGAGGGACCUGCGUUACAGUUCAUUGGGAAUCUUGAAGCUUUAUACAGAGGCAUCUGAGAAAACCUGUAGCCAUCAUACUGAGGGAUCUGAGAGAAUCUGUAGCCCUUUUACAGAUGCAUCUGAGAGAACCUGUGGCUCUUAUACAGAGGGAGAUCAGAUUUUGUUCAUUAGGAAUUUAGAGACUAUAUGCAGCAGAGGGACUGUAGAUUCUGUAUGCUGGGGGAGUUUACAAUUUAUGUACAGAAGGAUCAUACAAACGUGAGAGUACUGGAGCAGUCUAGCUGACCUGCACAGAAACCAUCCACAGGUAUCACCAUGUCCAGCAAGGAAAAGCUGCAAUAUCUAAAGGACUUUCACAAAGACAUCCUAAAACCAUCUCCUGGGAAAAGCCCAGGAACUCGGCCAGAGGAUGAAGCUGAUGGGAAACCUCCUCAACGUGAGAAGUGGGCCAGUAAGCUUGACUUUGUGCUCUCAGUUGCUGGAGGAUUUAUUGGUCUUGGGAAUGUAUGGAGGUUCCCGUACCUCUGCUACAAAAAUGGUGGAGGUGCAUUCCUUAUCCCGUAUUUUAUUUUCCUGUUUGGUGGGGGCCUGCCUGUCUUCUUCCUAGAGGUGGUUUUGGGACAGUUCACUUCAGAAGGAGGCAUCACCUGUUGGGAAAAAAUCUGUCCUCUUUUCACAGGUAUCGGCUAUGCCUCUAUUGUCAUUGUGUCCCUCCUGAAUGUGUAUUACAUUGUUAUACUGGCAUGGGGAGUGUACUACCUGCUGCAGUCCUUCCAAAGCCAACUGCCAUGGGCUCUGUGCCACCAGGCCUGGAACACCGAGAGCUGCGUGGAAGAUACAGCCCGGAAGAAUUUGACUAAAUGGCUGUCACUGAACAACACAAACUUCACCUCUCCUGUUACAGAAUUCUGGGAGCACAGAGUUCUCAGCUUAUCAAAGGGAAUAGAUGAUGUUGGGGUUAUAAAGUGGGACCUGGCACUGUGCCUGCUACUCACAUGGGUCAUCUGCUUCUUCUGCAUCUGGAAAGGAGUCCGAUCUACUGGGAAGGUAGUGUAUUUUACAGCUACGUUCCCCUUUAUAAUGCUCUUAGUACUACUGGUCCGUGGGGUCACUUUGCCAGGAGCUGCUGAAGGGAUCAAAUUCUAUCUGUACCCAGACAUCAGCCGCCUGCAGGACCCUCAGGUGUGGAUAGAUGCAGGGACACAGAUUUUCUUCUCGUACGCCAUCUGUCUAGGGGCCAUGACAUCACUGGGAAGCUAUAACAAGUACAAAUACAAUUGUUACAGGGACUGUUUGCUGCUGGGAUGCCUCAACAGUGGUACCAGUUUUGUGUCUGGCUUCGCAAUUUUUUCCGUCCUCGGCUUCAUGGCACAAGAGCAAGGUGUGGACAUUGCAGAUGUGGCUGAGUCAGGUCCUGGCUUGGCAUUCAUCGCUUACCCCAAAGCCGUGUCAUUAAUGCCGCUACCCACGUUCUGGGCCAUCCUCUUCUUUAUUAUGCUUCUGCUGCUUGGACUGGAUAGCCAGUUUGUUGAAGUUGAAGGGCAGAUCACAUCUUUAGUUGAUCUGUACCCAUCCUUCCUACGGAAGGGUUACCGGAGAGAGAUCUUCAUUGCAAUAGUCUGCUUCCUGAGUUACCUUCUGGGCCUCACCAUGGUUACAGAAGGUGGAAUGUAUGUGUUCCAGCUAUUUGAUUACUACGCUGCUAGUGGUGUUUGCCUUCUGUGGGUUGCGUUCUUUGAAUGUAUUGCUGUCGCCUGGGUUUACGGUGCUGACAAAUUUUAUGAUGACAUUGAGGGCAUGAUUGGCUACAGGCCAAACCCCUGGAUGAAGUGGAGCUGGAGUGUAAUCACACCCUUGCUCUGUGUGAGCUGCUUUAUCUUCUCUCUGGCCAAAUACACGCCACUGACGUACAACAAGUAUUACACGUACCCAGACUGGGCUAUUGGCGUUGGCUGGGGUUUGGCUUUGUCAUCUAUGGUCUGCAUCCCUCUGGUUGUAGUGUACCAUAUUGUGCGCUCUGACGGCUCUCUGAUUGAGAGGAUCAAGUCUGUAACAGCCCCCAAAGAAAGAAACCGAUGGGCCAAGGAGCCAGAGGGAUCAUCUCCUUUAUGCCCCAGUGGUGGUCUACAGAAGCCAACACAUGUCAUCGUGGAGACCAUGAUGUGAUACAGCCUAGUUACUCGCCGACCACUAACCCUCUGCUUAGAUGCAGAUUAUGGAGAUCUCUAUUUGCACUAGAAUUGAUUCUUCAGCUCUUAUAGAGAAUGUUGUACUAUAUAUAAGUGUGCGCGAGUGCAUAUUUUUUUAAUGUUUUAUAGGAAGUUUCUUAUCCCUCUUUGAAGAGGAGGAACAUUAUAUCAUGUUGAGGCUUUUAAGUCUGGAUUUUCUAUAUGUCUCAGUGUCUGUUUCUUCAACCUGCCACCCGUGGAGUGUUUGUGUAGCAGUGGUACUGUCCUAUCAGAUGACUAUGGCCAUCAGGCAUUUUAUAACCACAUUGCAAGAGUUAUACACAUCAGAUCAAGCUGCUGACACACAACCAAUGAGUCCAUUUUAGAUGAAGGAACAUAAAUCUGAGAAAGUUUCCUCUUGUCUUACCCAGUAUUAUACUGUGGAAGUGAAGAGACUACAGCUCUUCACAUAAGUACAUUAGUUAACAGAAACGACAUGAGCUGUUUUUCCUAAUGUCAUCUAUCUAAUAUGGUCAGAGCUUCAGUUGAACCCCAGAAAUAUAAAGUAAAUAUGAGACAGCACAUCUGUAGAACAGGGAUAUAUAAUUAUAACAUCUCUGAUAUUCUGAAACCAGGAAAUUAUCACAUACUAAUUACCACUGCUGGAGAACAUGACAGCGAAGGGUGAGAAAUUUGCAGAGUACAAUUAUAUUCCCUAUAUCACCAUGCUGAGUGGUACCAGGACUCUAGAUGCCAUAAGAGCCCUUCUUGCUAGCAUAGGGUCAAGAGACAAGGUUAUAGGGACCAGCUUAGUUUUUGUACAAAUUCUUUUUCACGCCUGAUGAAAUAAACUACCAGCUCCCCUGAGAAAUGACAUUUUAUCAAGAUUUGUCCACCAGCAGCUCUAGCAAGUUUCACAGGGUCUAUACCCUACAGACCAAUCAGUGUAGCUAUAUGUCGGGCACCUGACUAUGAUGUUAACGUUAGCUCUGUGAGUACUGGCACCUCCUCAGUCGUUACUUGUGUUGGCGUUAAUCUGUAGGUAGUGGUACUCACACAGUAAAGUGCAGUUUUAUUCAGAGGGAUUAUAUUAUAUAAGCAACUUUCUAAUUUACUCCUAUUAUCAAUUGUUCUUUGUCCUCUUGGUAUCUUUAUUUGAAAAAGCAAGAAUGUACGCAUAGGAGAAAGCCCAUUUUUGGUUCAGCGCCUGGGUAACAAUUUCUAAUGGACCGGCUCCUAAGCUUACAUUCAAAUAAAGAUACCAAGAGAAUGAAGAAAAAUUGAUAAUAGGAGUAAAUUAGAAAUUUGCCUAAAAUUGCAUGCUCUAUCGUAAUCAUGAAAGUUUAAUUUUGACUAGACUAUUCCUUUAAUGAAUUAACUGCCAUAUUCUAUACUCGCUUCGACUAUGAAUAUGUUGCUUCUGCAAGUACCUUGUAAUGUGUGCAAACCACCUGUGUCUUCAGGUUAGGUGUUUUUAAAAGGGAGAGAACUUACAAUUGGAAAGUUUUCAAUUUACUUAUAAUAUUACAUUUGUUUUGUUAGCAUGGUAUUCUUCUUAAAGAAAUGAAUAAGUUAGGUAGCGUGCAUGUCUAUAGCAUUUCAUGAAACACUGCUGCCAUCUAGUGCUCUUGUAAAUUAAUAUCAUUGUUUAAAUUACUGCUGCCAUAAUAUUAAACUUAAAAAAAGAAAAGCAUCUCAUAUAACAUAAACUUUACACCAAAUUAUAAUGAGCUAAGAAUUCCAGUAAAUGGAGGGAAAAUAUCAAACUUAACUUUUAAUGAUACUUAAAAUCAUAAAUCAAAGGCACCUCUGAGAAAGCAGUAGGCGAAACGCGCAUCAGGCAUUUGCCUACUGGACCCACUGUGGAAUCUUUGGUUAUGAUUAGAUCAUAUAAGUUUAAGAAGCUAUUCAGUGUGGGUUAUGUCCUAUACUUUUUGACAAUAUAAUUGUGGUGUUGACACAUACUAAGAGAAUAGGAUAAGCCCCUUUUAUUGUCCCCAUUUUUGUGGGAUUUCACACAGUCAUUUUUUAACUUGGCAUGUGCAUUCAAUAUCCUAUGACCUGGUGAUUAACUUCAGUGAUUCAACUGACUUAAAGGGACAUAAUACUCAUAUGCUAAAUCACUUGGAACUGAUGCAGUAUAACUGUAAAAAGCUGACAGGAAUAUAUCACCUGAGCAUCUCUAUGUAAAAAAAGGAAGAUAUUUUACCUCACAAUCUCCUCAGCUCAGCAGAGUAAGUGCUGUGUAAAAAGUUAUACUCAGCUGCAGCCCAGCUGCAGGAAAAAAAAAUGAAGAAAUGAACAGCAGCCAAUCAGCAUCAGCAGUGCUGAGGUCAUGAACUCUUUUACUGUGAUCUCAUGAGAUUUGACUUAACUCUCAUGAGAUUUCAUAGUAAACUUCCCUAAUCUGAAUAGGGAAAUAAUAUGAUAGUGUACAAGGCUCAUCUCUUCAGCUGUCCCAGGACAGACAUACUAAUAUGCAGCUUAGAAAUCCUUUACAAUGGGAUGUGGCUACUGAGGAACUUUUGAGGUAAAAUAUCAUUCUUUUUUUACACAGAGAUAUUCAGGUGAUAUUUUAUAGUCAGCUUUUUACAGCUAUGCUGCAUCACUUUCAAGUGUUUAAAUAUUUGGGUAUUCUGGCCCUUUAAGUUUGAUGAUUUUAGGUUUAUGGUUUAGUCUUUAUUCCCAACUAAAAUCUCUUUGACUUCCUAGUAGAUUAUUCCAUUUUAAAUGUUUUUAUUUCUUUAUGUUAGUAAAGUAUUAUUAAAAUUAACUUUUUAUAGUAUCUCUCCUCUUGGAAUCCUUAGUUCAUUAGAAUUUGGCGUUUUAUAUAAGGUGUUUUUCUUUUUUGAGUUUAAUAUUGUGGAUUUGUAGCACCUAGCGCCCACGGACUAUAAUUUGAGAGAUUUUUCUUCUCUCUGUAUAAUAAGUUUGGGUCUUUAAUUGAAACUGUUAAAGGGACAUGAAAGCUAACAUUUUUCUUUCAUGAUUCAGAUAGAGCAUACAAUUCCCAGGCGUGAAUUUCUGCUUCUUCAAAAAAAAGAUACCAAGAGAAUGAAGCAAAAUUGAUAACAGAUAUAAAUUGGAAUUUUUUUUAAAAAAUUUAUAAACUAACUCACAAAAGAAAAAUUGUGGGGUUCAUGUCCCUUUAACAAUAAUUUUUCUUACAAAUACGAAUAACCUCUCUGAUUUAAAACUACUGUCAUAUAAUAUCCCAGACACUUGCAUGCUCCUCAGCCUACCUACCCAUUUUUCAUCAAAGGAUACCAAGAAAAUGAAGUAAAUUUUCUAAUAGAAGUAGAUUGGAAACCUUUUAACAUUGUAUGUUUGAUCUAAAUCAUGAAAGAAAGAAAAAUGUGCGUUACAUGUCUCUUUAUUUAGGCAUUCCUGUUACUUUGCUGAUGUAACCAGCAGUGAUCUGAAGGAUAUGGCUAGAUUAGGAACCCCCCACCCCAAUCUGCAUGUCAUGUUUUCACAGGAUUAGUGUUUGGGUUAUAUAUGAAAACUCGCAGAUUUAAACUUAAUUCUUACAAAUAUAUAUCCUUUUUUCCUGAAGAAGCAGGUGUAUAUAAAUACUAUCUCUACAACAAGCAUUGCUACAAAAAUACCACUAGAUGGCAGUAAUGAGCCACAUGGACCAGCCUGGUGCAGAUGUUUGGAAACUCAUAACAGAAAAAAAUUACCAACUAUAAAAACUAAACUGAGCCCUGGGAGGCUGCCUACUAUUUUACUAAAUGACCGGCUCUGAGAUGUAACCUUUAGCAGACAAUGACACUGGGAGCAGACCUCACUGUAUCUGACCACAAUAUGCACAUUUGCUUUAUUUACACCAGCAGCAUUUUUAUGUGUCAUUCUGUAACAUUAGAAGCUUUUGUAAUCAAAUUUGAUGAGAAAAAGAAUAAAAGAUUUUAAGAAAAAAAA